ACACCUCAGCACGCACACAGCUCAGCUCGCAGGACCCCAGCCAACAUGGCGGCGCCCGAGUUCUCGGCCGGGGAGUUUGAAAAGUGGCUGAAUGAGCGGCUGGAUGGCUUCGGGGCGGACCGGGAGGUUUACGGCGCUUACAUUCUCGGUGUGCUGCAGGAGGAAGAGAACGACGAGGAGAAGAGCGACGCGCUGAACAGCAUCCUGGCCGCUUUUGUGGAUGAAGACGCACUCGAGGAGGUUUGUCAGCAGAUCCUGAAACAGUGGACCGACUGCUGCUCUCGAACCGCAGCCGCCAGCAAUCAGCCAGAGGAUGAGGUUCAGGCCAUCGCCAGUCUGAUUGAGAAGCAGGCUCAGAUUGUGGUCAAGCAGAAGGAGGUGUCUGAGGAGGCCAAGAAGAGGAAAGAGGCGCUGCUGGCGCAGUACGCGAACAUCACGGAUGAGGAAGAUGAAGGAGAAAACGAACAGGAAGCGACAGGAGCUGCGGCAAUCCCCAGCAACAACUGUAUCCUUUUCUUGCUCUUGCAAUCUGAUUUUUUUUUUCUUCUUCCUUCUUUCUCUGUACAGACACAGAGCUAGACAGAAGAUUGUCUGUCUUAGGCUGGGCAGACACUGUGCGAUUUUAUUUAUUUAUUUAUUUUUCCUUUUCUUCUCUUCUUCAAUCGCGGUAUUCAGCUGCUGCUCACACUGUACGAGUGAAUCGCAGGGGUAAACAGCACGCAGCUUACGAUUCCUGUUCUCACACUACGAUCCGAUGCUCAGAUGCGAUCUGACUGCUCACACUGUACUUCCAGAUUCUUGUAUCCGGAACUGCAACGUGAAUAGUGUUGUGACGUUCGCGAACGAACCGAUUCUUUUGAACGGCUCCUAGGCAUGAACGAUGAGAACCGAGUCUCGAACUGGGGGAGCCGUUCUUUCUGUCGUUCUUUUUCUGUACUGUGUUUCAGAUAGUUUAUAAUGUUGUUGUGUGAUAUAUUAAUGAUAAUAUUGUGGGAAAACUACUUUGCACGGACGUUCAUUUAAUUUAUUCUAUCGUCAUUUUGUUUGUUCCAUUUUUGUGUAUUUUAUUUAUUUAUCUGUUUUGUAUCUCAGACUUAAAUAUUUUUGUAAAACAAGUGUUUUUCUAUAAAAUAUUCUUGCGUUCUUGAUAACUAAUGUUCUUGAGUUUUUUUUUUUUUUUUUUACAGAAAAGCCGUUCUGCAUGGACAUUCAUUGAAGCCCUCAUUGUUUAGGGGUCACAAUAAUACCCUCUUGUGCAGUAACUGUUGAUCAGAUCCUGCACGUUGGCUUGGAGGAGUUUGUCCGUUCUUCUGUACAGAGCAGCUUCAGCUCUGGGAUGUUUGUGCGUUUCCUCACGUGACGUUUCUACUGGAUUAAGAUUCCCUGGAAUAAUUCAGAAUUCAUUGUUCCAUCAGUGAAGGAAAGUCGUCCUGGCCCAGAUAUGCAGCAAAACAGGCCCAAACCAUGAUACUACUACUACCACCACCAUGUUUCACAGACGGGAUAAGGUUCUACUGGAAUGCAGUGCUUUCCUUUCUCCAAACAUAACCCUUGUCAUUUAAAACAAAAAGUUCUAUUUUGGUUGCAUCCAUCCACAGAAUGUUUCCAAUAACCUUGCUGGUCCAUGUGAUCUUUCGCAAACUGUAGUCACACAGUAAUAUUCUUUUUGGAGCGCUGUUGCUAGCUUUCUCCUUGCAACCCUGCCGUGCACACAACUGAUUGUUCAGUGUUCUCCUGAUGGUGGACUCAUGAACAUUAGCCGAUGUGAGAGAGGCCUUGAAUUGACUAGAAGUUACCCUAGACUGCUGGACUAUAACACGCUUUGCUCUUGGCGUGAUCUUUGUUCUGCUCCCCAGGAGUGCUCGACCAACAGCCAUCUUGAAUUUCCUCCAUCUCUCUCUGGCUGACUGUGGAUUGGCGGAGUCCAAAUUCUUGAGCGAUUGGUUCUGAUCUCUGUGUGUUGUAGAGAUCAGACUUCGAUACAUCCCUGUUCUUUAAAUAAAACGCAGCAAACACCUCAAA